UUUGGCCCGUGUUCUCCUGAGAAAGGAAGAAGCUCAAUUGCUUGUCGAUUAAAAAAAAAUCCUUUGUCAAACAAUUUUGGACCUCAGAAAAAAAACAACAUAAAAUCUCCGAAAAAAUGUGUUUUCAAGAAUCUGCAACAGAAGAUUCAGCCACCAAGUCCACUGCUCUCUACCCCAUCAAUUUCCCAUUUUUUCGAACCCCCAACUCAUAAUGGUUGGAACUAUUUCUGGGUCUGGAAGAUCAUUAGCUGAAACUCACUCUACUCCAUGUUUGUGCUUGAAUCCUAGUCUUAACUCAGGCAGCACUAAUUUUAAGAGUAAUAGGGAAUUGGGGUUGUGGAGAAGCUUUAAGGGGAGAAAGCAGUUGAAUUUAAGUAGCAGUUUCUUGGAAGCAUGGUGUGAGUGGAGGUUAUCUGCAAAGAUGGUAUCUUUGGCUUUAAAUGGAGGUUCAAGAAAGAGACAGAAGAUUAGGAAAUUCACUGUUGUUGGUGGGUUGGAAGUGGAGGAUGAUGAUUCAGGGGAAGAUGUUAAAAAUGAAAUAAUCAAUGUUAUCACUUACAAAGCUGUACGGACUGUUCUUCAACAACUCUAUGAGAUGAACCCCCCACAGUACACAUGGUUUUACAAUUUUAUAGCAAACCACGUGCCUAACACUGGGAAAAAUUUCCUUCAACAGCUUUUCAAGGAAAAGCGAGAACUUGCUGAGAGAGUGAUGAUUACACGUCUUAGCCUUUACAGCAUAUGGAUGGAGAAAUGUGAUCAUGCUGAAUUAUAUAACAGAAUAUCUGAUGAGAAUGUGGAACUGAUGCGUGAACGACUAGCUCAAACUGUUAUAUGGCCAUCUGAUGAUGAUGAGAUUGCUGGAAGUUUGGAUUAGCUAGCUCUCUUUGGUGUUUUAUUUUGCCCUUCCUUUUUCCAUUAGUCUUGAUAGGCAAAACUGUAUAGUGCAUCUGAUUGACCAAUAUAUCAGGCUACAUGUUUUUCAUCCAUACAUAUUUGAUGUGACUUCAAGGUUGCAAUCAUUUCUGAAUGUUUAUAAUGAUUGGCAGAUCACAUAGAA